GCCAGCAGCGGCUGCAGCAGCACCUGGUCCCUGAGCCCACCACAGGCUGGAGGCAUCGCUGGCGGUCCAUGCCCGUAGCCGAAGUGUGCAGAUGGGAUUAACGUCCACAUGGAGAUACGGAAGAGGCCCGGGCAUUGGCACCCUAACCAUGGUCAGCUGGGGUCACUUCAUCUGCCUGGUUGUGGUCACCAUGGCAACCUUGUCCCUGGCCCGGCCCUCAUUCAGUUUAGUUGAGGAUACAACACUGGAGCCGGAAGGGGCGCCGUACUGGACCAACACGGAGAAGAUGGAGAAGCGGCUGCACGCUGUCCCUGCGGCCAACACCGUCAAGUUCCGCUGCCCCGCGGGGGGUAACCCCACCCCCACCAUGAGAUGGCUGAAAAACGGGAAAGAGUUCAAGCAGGAGCACCGCAUCGGUGGCUAUAAGGUCCGAAACCAGCACUGGAGCCUGAUCAUGGAGAGCGUGGUUCCGUCGGACAAGGGCAACUACACAUGCGUGGUGGAGAACGUGUACGGCUCCAUCAACCACACCUACCACCUGGACGUAGUCGAACGAUCCCCACACCGGCCCAUCCUCCAAGCUGGACUGCCAGCGAACGCCUCCACCGUGGUCGGGGGUGAUGUAGAGUUUGUCUGCAAGGUGUACAGCGAUGCCCAGCCCCAUAUCCAGUGGAUCAAGCACGUUGAAAAGAAUGGCAGCAAAUACGGACCCGACGGGCUGCCCUACCUUAAGGUUCUAAAGGCUGCUGGUGUUAACACCACGGACAAAGAGAUUGAAGUUCUCUAUAUUCGGAAUGUAACUUUUGAGGAUGCUGGGGAAUAUACGUGCUUGGCGGGUAAUUCUAUUGGGAUAUCCUUUCACUCUGCAUGGUUGACAGUCCUGCCAGCUCCCUUAAGAGAAAAGGACGUUAGCACUUCCCCCGACUAUCUGGAGAUAGCCAUUUACUGCAUAGGAGUCUUCCUGAUCGCCUGUAUGGUGGUGACGGUCAUCCUGUGCCGCAUGAAGACAGCCACCAAGAAGCCGGACUUCAGCAGCCAGCCCGCAGUGCACAAGCUGACCAAGCGCAUCCCUCUGCGGAGACAGGUUUCGGCCGACUCCAGCUCCUCCGUGAACUCCAACACCCCACUGGUGAGGAUAACAACACGUCUCUCCUCCACGGCGGACACCCCUAUGCUGGCCGGGGUCUCUGAGUAUGAAUUGCCGGAGGAUCCAAAGUGGGAGUUUCCGAGAGAUAAGCUGACGCUGGGGAAACCCCUUGGGGAAGGUUGCUUUGGGCAAGUGGUCAUGGCUGAAGCUGUGGGGAUCGACAAAGAGAAGCCCAAGGAAGCAGUCACUGUGGCCGUAAAGAUGUUGAAAGAUGACGCCACAGAGAAGGACCUUUCUGAUCUGGUGUCAGAGAUGGAGAUGAUGAAGAUGAUCGGAAAACACAAAAAUAUCAUAAAUCUUCUUGGGGCCUGCACGCAGGAUGGCCCACUCUACGUCAUCGUGGAGUAUGCUUCCAAGGGGAACCUCCGAGAAUACUUGCGUGCCCGCCGGCCACCCGGCAUGGAGUACUCCUACGACAUCAACCGGGUCCCUGAGGAGCAGAUGACCUUCAAGGACUUGGUGUCGUGCACCUACCAGCUGGCCAGAGGCAUGGAAUACUUGGCUUCUCAAAAAUGUAUUCAUCGAGACUUAGCAGCCAGGAAUGUUCUGGUCACAGAGAACAAUGUGAUGAAGAUCGCUGACUUUGGCCUGGCCCGAGAUAUCAACAACAUAGACUAUUACAAAAAGACCACAAAUGGGCGACUCCCGGUCAAGUGGAUGGCCCCUGAAGCCCUCUUUGAUAGAGUCUACACCCAUCAGAGCGACGUCUGGUCCUUCGGGGUGUUGAUGUGGGAGAUAUUCACUCUGGGAGGCUCUCCAUACCCAGGGAUUCCCGUGGAAGAGCUGUUCAAGCUGCUUAAGGAAGGCCACAGGAUGGACAAGCCGGCCAACUGCACCAAUGAGCUGUACAUGAUGAUGAGGGACUGCUGGCACGCUGUCCCCUCCCAGAGGCCGACCUUCAAGCAGUUGGUGGAAGACCUGGACCGGAUUCUCACACUCACAACCAACGAGGACUACUUGGACCUCACGCAGCCCCUCGAACAGUAUUCACCUAGUUACCCUGGCACACGGAGCUCUUGUUCUUCAGGAGAUGACUCUGUGUUCUCUCCGGACCCCAUGCCUUACGAAUCAUGCCUUCCUCAGUACCCACACAAGAGCAGCAGUGUGAGCGCAUGAACAGGCCUCCUGUCUCCCGACGGGGCGGCUCCACUACCUGCACUGAGCAGGGAGCCCUUGCUCUGGAGUUUGUGGUCCGCACUUGUAUAUAUGCCUCAGAGGAGUAAAUAAUUGGAAAGUGAUCGGCACACAUGUAAAGAAGCUAUAUGAUCGAGGACUUGUAUCUUCACCCUAAAGAAAAGAGUGUUUAUAGGACUGUGGACUGCCGCAGGCCUGCCUGGGAACCCCGUCAGGUGACCCGUGGGUGCUGGCCGCGGACCACUUGGACUCAAGGCAAACACUUGUUCUGCCUUCCUUGUUAAUUUUGUAAUAAUUGGAGAAAAAUAUAUGUCAGCACACACUUACAGAGCACAAAUGCAGUAUAUAGGUGCUGGAUGUAUGUAAAUAUAUUCAAAUUAUGUAUAAAUAUAUAUUAUAUAUUUACAAUGAAUUAUUUUUUGUAUUGAUUUUAAAUGGAUAUCCCCAGGCACCUAGAAAAUUGGCCUCUCUCUUUUUUUUUAAAAUGGCUAUUUGCUAAAUGCUGUUCUUAUACAGAACUUUUUUCAUUUUCACCGAACAGAGAGAGGUGGGAAAAGAAAAAUACUUUUACUUUCAGGGAAAAAUGGUAUAACAUUAAUUUAUUAAUGAAUUGGUAAUAUACAAAAUGAUUAAUCAUUUAUAGUUUGUAUUAUUUUUUUUGUUUUAAUUUAAAUGGCAUUCCUAUGCGGGCAGCACAGUUGACUGGUUAAACUAUUGCUCACACUUAACUAGAUGCCAUAUCCUUGGAAAGGAGAAAUACUGACAGUAUCUCAUAGUCUGAGG